AUUCGACGGAUCAUUGAAUGCAUACCAUCAUAGUUUUACAUUAAUACUCGAAACAGCUGUCACUACACACAUGAGACUAGGUCUAAAAUAAAAGUAACACGAUUGCAUACAUUCAUAUCAGUAGAGGACUCGCGCACGCCACUCGCGACCGCACCGCGGCAAGAUGAGCAUCGUCGUACUCGCGCUGUGUGCGACCAUCGUCGCUCUGCUGUAUUACCUGUCCGUGAAGAACUUUAGCUACUGGAAGAACAAGAAUGUGCCGCAUCUCAAACCGCUGCCGCUGUUGGGCAACUAUAGUGAAUACAUUCUAAUGAAAAAAUAUAUCGGCCAUGUGAGCCAAGAUAUGUGUCGACAAUUUCCAAAAGAACCCUACUUCGGCGCGUUCUACGGCACAGAGCCGACCCUCGUGAUUCAGGACCCGGAGAUCAUCAAACUGGUGUUCACUAAGGAUUUUUACUAUUUUCAUAGCAGAGAAAACUCUAAAUACACAACCAAGGAAGUGACAACACAGAAUCUUUUCUUCAAUCAUGGUGACACAUGGAAGGUGGUACGCCAGAACUUAACACCUUUAUUCUCUUCAGCAAAAAUGAAGAACAUGUUUUAUUUGAUAGAGAAAUGUGGACAUAGUUUGGAAAAAUUGGCAGAUGAAGAAAGAGCGAUAUCGGAGGUGGUCGAAGUGAAGUCUCUAAUGAGCAGGUACACAAUGGACUGCAUCGGAUCUUGUGUUUUUGGUAUCGAUACAAAGACAAUGGAGAAAUCUUCAGAAGUCAACCCGUUCGUAGAAAUGGGUGACAUCAUAUUUCAAACUUCAAGAUUCAUGGGAUAUAUGUUAGUGUUCCGUGCUAUUUGGCCAAAAAUAUUUUAUGGCUUGGGAUUAAAGUACUUCCCGAAAGACAUAGACAACUUUUUCAAAAGCCUAAUGUUGGGCGUUUUCGAAAGACGGGAUCAUAAGCCGACAUCCCGUCACGACUUCGUUGAUUUAGUGCUUGCUUUGAAGCAGAACAGCCACAUCAUCGGAGACAGCUUAAAUCCGAAAUCUGCAGGUAACAAGAAAAUAGAAGUGGAAGUCACUGAUGACCUGCUCGUGGCCCAAUGUAUUGUGUUUUUUGGUGCCGGGUAUGAAACAUCCGCAAGUACAUUAGCGUGUGCGCUUUAUGAGCUUGCAAAAAAUCAGGAGGCGCAGAGACGAGCUCAGGAGGAAGUGGACGAGUACUUGUGCCGGCGCAACAACAAGUUAGUGUAUGAGUGUGUGACCGAGCUGCCGUAUAUCGAGGCGUGCCUGAACGAGACUAUGCGCCUAUAUCCGGUGCUGCCGGUGCUCACGCGAGAGGUGGUCGAGGACUAUACGUUCCCUUCAGGCCUGCAGGUGGACAAAGGCGUGCGCGUGCACUUGCCGGUGUACCACCUGCACCGCCACCCCGAGUACUUCCCCGAGCCUGACGCCUUUCGUCCUGACCGGUUCUACGGCGCUGCCAAGGAAGACAUUAAGCCCUACACGUUCUUCCCAUUCGGCGAGGGUCCGAGACAAUGCAUUGGACUGCGAUUUUCGAAAAUGCAGACGACGGCGGGUCUCAUUACCAUUUUGAAGAAAUACCGAGUGGAGUUAGCUGACGGGACACCCACCAAGCUGGACUUCUAUCCCACGACGUUCCUGACAAACACAAGGAAUGCGCUUAAUUUGAAGUUCAUACCGCGCGAAGAAUGGCAGCAAAGAGUUUUUGCUCGUUAAUUUUAAUACCUCUGUACCUGUAUGACGAUGAAUUGUGAAUUUAUUAUAAUAAAAAGUUUAAUGUUUUUGUUAUUAAAAUUGUACAAAAAUCAUGAGUAUUUAGUAUAUUUUUUUAUUGUCUGGUAAAUAUUUGAUGUUGAUUGGUGUGUGCAAAUGUACGCGUAUGUCAUAGAUUCUAUAAAUUGAAAUAAAAACCAAUUUGAUUGAUUA